AUGCACAUGUUCAUGGACAAAUACGGAGAUCCCAGGACUAAUCCAUGGUUCCUCAUGAGUUCACCCCUUCCUACAUUAUUAAUAUGUCUAAGUUAUAUCUAUCUAGUCAAGGUUUUAGGGCCACAAUUUAUGGAAAAUAGGAAACCAUAUGAAUUAAAUAAUGUUCUAAUAUUAUACAAUUUAUUACAAGUAUUGUUCAGCACAUGGCUAUUUUAUGAGAGUUUGAUGGGGGGCUGGCUGAAUCAUUACAGUUAUAGAUGUCAACCUGUCGACUACACAGACAAUCCUGUAGCCAUUAGAAUCGGAGCCGCGGGCUGGUUCACAGGCAGGUAUAACUUUCACUGUCAGCCGGUCGACCACUCGAAACAUCCGCAAACUAUGAGGAUGGUUCAUGCUUGUUGGUGGUACUAUUUUUCCAAAUUCACCGAAUUCUUUGACACGAUCUUCUUUGUGCUGAGAAAGAAAUUUGAUCAUGUGUCAACUCUGCACGUGAUUCACCACGGCGUGAUGCCCAUGUCCGUGUGGUUUGGAGUCAAAUUCACCCCUGGUGGUCAUUCCACUUUCUUCGGCCUGCUCAAUACCUUCGUGCAUAUCAUCAUGUACACUUACUACAUGUUUUCAGCGAUGGGCCCGCAUAUGAGGAAAUAUCUCUGGUGGAAGAAGUACCUUACUACCUUGCAAAUGGUGCAGUUCGUCGGUAUAAUGGUGCACGCGUUCCAACUGCUCUUCAUAGAGUGCGACUACCCGCGCGCCUUCGUCUGGUGGAUCGGCAUGCACGCAGUCAUGUUCUUCUUCCUCUUCAAAGAUUUCUACAACCAGUCCUACUCUAAACCUAAGGUGCGCGCGUCGUCCCCGGCGCCGGUGACGCGGCUGGAGGCGGCGUACAGGAAGGGCACCAACGGCGCGCUGAAGAACGGCUUCAGCAACGGCCACGGGCUGCCCCGCGCACGCACCGUGCUGCCGGCCGGCAACUGA